CCCGUUUGGACAACAGACACCGCCUCACCGCCGUCCCUUUGAAGCUAGCCUGCCGAAGCAUCAUGGAUGAAGGCCUUUAUUCUGAAUGCGGCGUGAGGGUAUCAGCCAUCACUCGGCAAGGAGUCCGGAACUCUCCUGUUUAUUAUACGGGAUUUGUGGCUCCGGGACAGAUAAAAGGCGGGCGCGUCGAAUGGACUCCUCAGGAGCUCAUAAGCCUCGAUACACACACCCACACCACUCAGCCCCACACCCCUGCUGCGAUGCACUCUUCGUUGUCCUCCACCAGCUCUCUAGCACAGGCCAAGACCGAACCGACGGCCCACGUCGAGGCUGUCAGCCACAAUCGCGGACCCCAAUGCGCGCACUGCAGCUGGCGCGGAUCGCAUGCUCCCACCUGCCCAUUCAAGUAACCCCGCACUCCCGCACGCUUGAUUCUGUAUCAUCAUGACACGUACUCUACAUCAGCAACAAACUAAUCGAACGCCCUGUGCCAGCAUCAGCAUCGACCCUCCCGACCAAUUCUGUUCUGAGCGAGACUUAAGUCCCCAGGCCACUGUACUAUCUAUCUAGCUAUCUAUCUAUCUGUUCUGUACCAUCCAUGUACUACUAGCCACCGUACUUUUAACUAUUGCAUCUCGAAAUUUCAUCUA